CAAAUAAAGGAUGGCAUUAAUCCGCACCAGACAAAGCAUUUAAUCCACGCGCUCUGCCGCUGGGACGAUCGUUUGGCUACACAAAUCAUCAGUAUGCUCUUCGCCUCGGUCACCAAACACACUGAGCUCUGUGCACCAUUCUUCAAGUUGCUGACACUGCUCACCGAGACACAGGGCGGUCCAGUUGGCCUGCCCUGUUUUACGCAGCUGGUGCUGCCACGAAUGUGGGAUGCGGCAGAGUACUGUCCACAAUCUGUGCUUGACUGGCUGUCGCUGCAGGCCACCAAGAAUAAAAUAGCGCAUGCCUGGAUUCUUCAGUCCGCCGAGCAAUGGCUGGAACAAUUUUUACUCGCGCAUGAUAAUACGCGCGUAAGAAAUGCCGCUGCCUGCCUGCUGGUGGCGCUGGUGCCCUCCCAGCCGUUUCGUGCCAACUUCCGCGCUCACUCGCAACAUAAGUUGUUGGCUCUCAAUCCGCACAGUUAUCGGGACAUCAACAGCGAUGCCCAGGUGGUGCUGCAUCAAGUGAUAACAUUGCUACUGCGGCUACUGCGUCCAGCACGCGCUUAUGCAGACAUAGGGGCACAUGGUACUACCAAGCUGACCGCCUAUUUUAAUCUACUCAGCUACUGUAUGGUUUCUAAGACUGAAAAACUAAUGAUAGGUUCAUUUAUGCGCUCCCUAUGGGAGCUGUUUCACCCGCGCCUCUCUGAGCCCAGUGUGCCGGCGCAUCACAACAAACAUGCCUUGCUCACCUUCUGGCAUCACUCGCUUGUCGACUGCCCAGAAAAUGCGGCCCUGGUGGCCAACUGCCCGGAGAUAACGCGGAACAUUGCAUUUAACUAUAUACUUGCCGAUCACGAUGAUUCAGAGAUUGUAACUUACAAUCGGUCCAUGCUUCCGGCCUACUAUGGACUGUUGCGUUUAUGCUGCGAGCAAAGCCGGACACUCACCCGACAGUUGGCGCAGCAUCAAAAUCUACAAUGGGCCUUUAAAAAUAUAACGCCACAUCCCACACAAUAUGCUGCCGCAGUAGAUGAGCUAUUUAAACUAAUGGCACUUUUUGCUACCCGCCAUCCGGAUGCCAGCGAACAGGAGAAACUGGAUGUCAUAGCUUUUAGACGCUCCGUCAUUGUAUCUUAUACAAGCAGUUUGGAUGCACGCGUGUCUUGGUCUACCCUGAUUAGCGCCCUGAAAAUACUCGUGGACAACGACGAUGAUCGCAUGCUGGUCAUUUUCAACGGAGGCAUUGAGAUGUGCUUUGAGGCGUUGCACACGCUACAUUCCAUGCACCACGAGGCCACUGCCUGCCAUGUGGCUGGGGAUCUAUUGGAUCUUCUUGGAGAAAUGGUGCUUCUGCUGGCGACGCUGCGCAUGCGUACGGAUAACCCUGCGCAAAAAAAGCAACAACAACAGCAGUUGGAACAGCAAAUGCAACUGCAGCAGCAACAGAUGUUGCAAAAACAACAGCAGACGCAGUGUACUCAAGCCCCACAGACGCCCCAGCAAAAAGAGAAGCAGCUACAGCAGCAAAUGCAGCAACAUCUGCAAUUACAGCAAAUGCAGUUGCAGCAACAGCAUUUUCUGCGCCAACAGCAUCAGCACUCGGCGCUGGCAAAGGCGCUGCCUGAUGCGAUCAAGCGACUAGCUACGCUGCUUAACACAUUUAACUCGCCGGAGAUUAGUCGUAUGGCCCUCGAGGUGCUCAAGGAGCUAGUGCGCAACACUAGCCUGGAGGCCACCAUCAUUCUGGCGCCCAUUCUGAUCAACUGCCAUUUGUCCGUGGCCAAUGCACCAAAUGCAAUAGGCCCGUUAGGACCUUAUUUUCCACGUCGCGGUGCAAAGCAGACGUCCUGGCCGUUAGGUGCCAAAAAUUCACCUCGACCCCCAAGGCCAAUGGUGCAAAUGUGCAUUGCUUCGUCGGAGCUGACGCCACGCGGUCUUGAUAUCGAGUACGAUGCACAAGUGGACGGCUUUUACAGGCCCUAUCAUGAUUUUAUCGACGUCAUGAUGCGCAUGUGCGUCAAUACAGGCACCCUUAACGAUACCCUGGUCAAGCUUCACUGCCUGGUGGCCAUAGAGUCAACACCGUUGCAUUUCAACUACUUUCCUAAGUUCUGGGUGGGCAUCCACAACAAUGCGUUAACACACAAAUAUUCGGAGCUGCUUGUGAAGAAUCAGCUGCUAAUAGAGUAUCUGCAUAAUGUGCUCAGAGACGAGCGCAGCAUGCUAAAGGAUGCAUUUGUGCGGGAAUUUUUGGAGUUGUAUUACCACAAAGUGGCAGCACAGCUUCCUGUUGCGCGAAUGAUCUACACGAUUAACUAUGGCAUGCACUCUAAGGAUGACAUUGACGAGCUGUGCGGCGAUCUAUUUGCCAUACGUAUUAUUGCUCAAGCUACUGGUGUCCCGACUUCGGUGCGCAAGGAGCUGCGUGGAUCAUUACGGGCCCUGCUUAACAAGAGCGAGCGUUUUAAGAAGGAUGCGGAACGAGAUCAAUUUCCGAACAAGAAGCUGAAACGGGACUCCUGUCAGGAAAAGGAACACUCGCAACCGGCAGCGCGAUCGGAGCCGGAGACAGUAGACAAUUCGACUGAGAAAGAGAAAGCCGAAUCAGUCGAUAAAGCUAGCAUUGUCGAUGGAACUGCGGAUACGCCCAGUGGAACUGUUGAUGCUGUUAAAUCUGUUGAAACUGUUGCGGAGACUGAACCAGCGGCAUCCGCUGAUUACGUAGAUGUACGUAUCGAGAGCCCAGAAUCCGAGAAGCUAGAGAAAGCAUCGAUUCCCUCGUCGGACGAUGAGACUGAGCUGGAGGAUGAAUUGGAGCCUACGCCAAAGCGCAAUAAAAAAUCGGCAAACAAAAAAACCGCACAAGAUCGUGUUAACGAGGAUCGCAAGAGGCGUCUAAGCACCUUGCUCACUAUGGAGUCGUACAUACAAAGCAUUUUUACCAUUAUUAAACGGGACGCAAAUGCAUCUAGCGCGGCGCAAAACAAAGAACACCCCAGUGAUGAGUUUGCAGUUGAGGCGUCUACAUCAGCAGCUGCAGCAAUCAAGUCAAAGCCUAGGGGUGCGUCUACGCCUCCAGAACCCGAGGACGAUGGGCUGCAAGGCAAAUACAACAUUGAGACGGACACAGUAGUGUGUUGCAAAUCCAAGUUAAAUGGCAGGGAGCAGGAGAUUGCCAAAUUCGAUGAACUGUCGCCUGCAACUGCGGUUGUCAAUAGCAACGUUCCCGCAGCUGCCACCAGCUCAGUGGCUGGCGUUGCGUCAGCGACACAGGCAGCGAGUCCAACACAAAUUUAGUUGUCGUUUAAUGAUUUGCUGAGCAUUUUAUUUUUCGGCAAGCCAUUGGACUGAUGACACGCAACAUGUGGCGAUCACACAAUGGCUAAGCUCUAAGGUACUGCGAAUUUUUGGCCAAAGGUCGAAAGUUGCAUUGAAUGAUUUGAACCAAGGUUGCUGCUUGCUUUGGGCGAGCCUGUGCUCCAGUAAAAGACUUUUGAGCAAGAGAAUUAUACUAAAUUAAAGUUAAUCUAGCAACAUAUUAAAUCGGAAACAGAUAAAUUCAACUCACACUCAGACAAACACUCCCACAUCCACACACCCACAUAUACAUUGAUUCAACAUGCCAGUGUCACACACAUACACACACAUAUAUAUACAUAUAUAUAUAUA